UAUCCUUUAUUCGUUCCAGGCUGGAAAACUAUGGAAGUGACAAGUUCAUUCACAUUAAAGUCUUUUCUGUUAACCUUUACAAUAACCCUUCUAUCCUUAGCAUUAACUACAAACACAAAACCCAACAAACCUGUAACAACUAAAUUGAUUCACCGCGACUCCAUUUUCUCUCCGGCGUAUAAUCCUAAUGAUAGCAUAAAAGAUCGAGCUAAACGCAUGCUGAAAAACUCAAAUGCACGUUUUGAUUACGUACAGGCAAUAUCCAAGAGAAACUCAGCAGUAGUUGAUUAUGAUGGUGGUGAUACUUCAGCUGCUGAUGAUGCAUAUGAAGCCAGUCUCCUCUCUGAACUUUGUACGUUCCUCGUGAAUUUCUCCAUUGGUCAACCGCCUGUUCCACAGUAUGCAGUAAUGGAUACUGGCAGUUCUCUUACAUGGAUUCAAUGCGAACCUUGCAUAAAUUGUCAUCAACAGAAAGGUCCAUUGUAUAAUCCUUCAAGUUCCUCCACUUACGUAUCAUGCUCCGAUUUUGAUCGUACUGACACAACUUUUACUGCUACCCACGGGAGUGAUUGCAAUUAUAGUCAAACUUACGCGGACAAGACCACAACAAGAGGGACAUAUGCUAGAGAGCAACUCUUAUUUGAGACACCAGAUGAUGGUAUAACAAUUAUGCAUGACGUAAUAUUUGGCUGUGGUCACAAUAACACGCAGCUUCCUGGUCCAACAGGUUAUGCAAGUGGGGUGUUUGGACUUGGAGAUUCGGGUAGCUCUAUAAUCAGUAAACUAGGUUUUGGAUUCUCAUAUUGUAUUGGCAACAUUGGCGAUCCUCUUUAUGGUUUCCAUCGAUUGACAUUAGGCAAUAAGUUGAAGAUUGAAGGGUAUUCAACGCCACUAGUACCACGGGGCUUAUACUACAUAACCCUUGUAGGGAUAAGUAUAGGGCAGGAAAGGCUUGAUAUCGAUCCUAUAGUGUUUCAGAGGGUAGACUUAAAUGGCAUUAGUAGUAGGGUAGUGAUCGACAGCGGAGCUACAUUGUCUUAUAUACCUCGACAGGCAUACAAUGUAGUUAGAGACAAAGUUUCAAGUAUUCUUAGUGGUUUCUUGUCGCGGUAUCGGUACAUUGCUAGGCAUCUGUCACUGUGUUACAUAGGAAAACUAAAUCAAGAUCUUCAAGGUUUCCCGGAUGCAACAUUUCAUCUGGCUGAUGGGGCAGAUUUAGUGUUUCAAGUCGAAGGUCUGUUUUUUCAGUACACUGACAAUGUGCUUUGCUUGGCUCUGGUACCUACUGAAUCAGAUGAGGAGACCUGUUUGAUUGGAAUACUUGCACAGCAGUACUAUAAUGUGGCUUAUGAUCUAAAGCAACAGAAGCUAUAUUUUCAAAGGAUUGAAUGUGAGCUUCUGGAUGAUUGAUUUGAUUACAAUAGCAGCGAAUUUCAUGUCUUGAGCUUAAGAAUUAACUUCUAAUUGCCUAUAGGAACGCCCUGCAGGCGAUUAUAAUAUCAUUAUUAACACAAUUAGUUGGUGAGUAUUUUCCAAGAACUUUCAAUGCGUGAAAAAGAAGAGAGCACAAAAAGAUUGUUAAUGAUCCCUGCAAAAUUGGAACACAUUCUUUGCUAGCAUUUCUUAUAUACCUGCUUUUAUUACAUGCCAUCACUGUGACAGCCUGACAGGUACACAUGUACAUAUUGUCUCAAUUUGGGUAGCCACAUAUAUAAGUGAAUUGCUUACCAAGUCAGAUACAGGGAUCUCUGUGAUUGGAAUAAUUACUCAGCAGCAGUGCCAUAAUGUAGAAUUAUGAUCUACACAUAUAUCCAACCUGGAAACAAAAGGAGCUCUUUUAGCGUAUUAAGUUAUAUUCAAGCAGUUCAUAUUGGGCUCUUAGAAAUAUCUAAAGGGCUGUCCAAUUUGUAUGCACAAGAAUACACCUCAUUUAUUUAUUUAUUCAGUUUUUUAUAUGAAGUGGGUUUGGGCCAAUUCAAACCCAUUUUUAUACCUCAUUUACUUA